GAAUGGGGGAGACAGCUAACAGCCGCUGUUCUCUACUCUAGAGGACCGAGCUGAUAAGAUUUAACCCCUGAGGUUGCUUCAGGCAGGAGUGUCUUCCACAGCGAAAACCACAUCAAGCUGGAGAGCAGUCAGGCCUGCCUUCCUUAUUGCUGUCACCAAAUGACUGCUUCCUUCCACAGAUCUCCUGUCACCAUGAAGGCCACCUUCUCAGUUACUCUGCUUGCUCUAGCCAUCUCAGUGGGGACUUCCUUUGCAGUUGAUUUCGAUCUUCCUAUGAGCGGUCGCCUGACUGAGGAGCUCUUCCAGGAGACAAAGAUCUUAUGCAACAAGAAUGUAAGAAAGUGCUGGAUGCUUUCCUACUACAAGCCAGAUGAGCCUAUAUGUGCCACUGACCAAGUUACCUAUGGCGGUGAAUGCCAUCUCUGCUCCAGGAUUCUAUAUGAAGACAGAACCAUAAUUAAAAUGCAUGAUGGAGAAUGUAUUUACUCCUUGGAAGACUAUGAAGCAUAAAAUUUACUGGAUCCUCAGAUAGACAAGUAAAGCAUGAAGGCUGAGCUUCAAAGAUACCCAGUACUUUACAGUACUUGCCUAGCAUGUAUGAAACCUGAGGUUAAAUCUCCAAUUAUUUGGAGAAAAAAUAUAUAUAUACCUCCUUGAGAAAUGCAUCCUAUAGUAAAAGAUACUUGGAUCAAAAUCAUUGAUCUAUUUCUUCAAUAAAUGAU